AUGUAUGACAACAUCUCUGAUUUCACAAGAUAUGAUGACGACCAUGACCCCGAACACGGUGAAGAAGAAGUUUUACAAACAUCCAUUAAGACAGGAAAGGUUUUAACUCAAAGUCUCAUUAUUGACACCAAAGAUGGCGAAGUGGACGUUCUUCAAGAGCUGAAGAAAAAUACUUCUUCGGGAGGUGGUGGUAGGCAUGAACUUGAAAUAAAUGAGAUAGAAGAGAAAUUAGCCGAAAAAGCAGAUAAAAACCAUGUUCAUUAUAUAAGUUCAGACGAACAGAUUAUAACGGACUACCAUGGAUAUUUAACACAGGAUGAACAAAUAAGCACUGAAGAUGUUAAUGAAAGAAGAUAUAAAUUCAUUCGUGCUAAAGGUUAUGACAUACGCUGUACUGUACAGUAUGACACAGGUAAAGCACCAGAAGCAUUUGGUUAUAACAAUGAAAUUUAUGCCUCUACUUUCUCUGUUAACGGUGUAUUAGUUGAACCAAGAUUUACAUUGAGAGUUAAGGCAAAAAUAACUUUUGAAGAUGCUAUUAAAAGUAAAGCUGACAAAGAUGAACUUGACGCAACGAACAAAGUUUUGAAAUCUCAUAAACACAAUAUCUCCGAUAUAAAUGAACUUCAAGCUACAUUAAAUAGUAAAGCUGACAAGAACCAUACACAUGAAUCCUUCACUACUGUUAGAGCAGACGACAUAAUAUUGAACUAUACCCUUGGUUCAAGUGCACCAUUAGAAAAUCCAAGUGCAGGCGUAAAAGAUACUCUUAACAAUUUAGAUAACAGUUGCAGGAAUAUCGAAGAUCAUGCCAGAAACUUUGAAGCAUAUGAACUACCAACAAUGUUAGAUAAGAAAGCAGACAAAACAGAGCUUCAAACAUUAAAGACAGAAAUACUUCAAACCAUAUAUCCUGUUGGUUCUAUUUAUACGUCAAUGAACUCAACAAAUCCCGCAACAGUUCUGGGUUUUGGUACGUGGAAGCAGAUUGUAGAUAAAUUCUUAUACUGUGCUAGAUAUUCAAAGCAAACAGGGGGUUCGAAGAAAAUUACUGAAGCAAACUUACCUGCGCACACUCAUACAGGAACGACAAACACAACAGGUAAUCAUUCACAUUCAAUAACAAAAAGAGGUUAUACAAAUCUUGCAGCGGGUUCGGAUAGACAGGGAAUGAAUAGAAAUAAUAUUUCAAGUGACCCAGUAGAUUCAAGCGCAGGUAUUUUCUGUGGAACCGCAGGAAAUCAUUCACACACUUUCACAACAAAUCCAACAGGCUCGGGUGAAGAUUAUAUGCCACCUUAUAUGACAGUUUAUGCAUGGGUUAGAACGGACUGA